CAUUGUGGGCCGGUCGCGAUCGGACGAACUGUGAAAGCAACGGAUGGGGUCGGCGCCAGUCAGAUGCAAUCUGCAGCGCUGAGUUGCGCGGGGAUCGCGCUGUCCGCGGGGUCCGGAGCGGACCGACAGCGCCGGGCGCAGGGUCGGCACGAAAGCGGCGCAGGAGGAGCGCGAAGAGGGGGCGGCGAUGAGCGGCCCCUCACAGAACGGGGUCAGUCUGUGCGAGAAGGCGCUGCACAUCGUUACCGAGCUCUGCUUUCGGGGGCUGGUGGAACGCAACAAAUGCUACGAAUUCAUCUUCAGUGGAGAGCGGCGGAGCGGAGUCAACGGGGCAGGGUCUACUGACAUUUCGGUCAGUCUGCUUGCGGUGGUCGUCAGUUUCUGUGCUCUUGCCCUGUUGGUAGUGUCACUGUUUGUGUUUUGGAAGCUAUGCUGGCCACACUGGAAGAACAAAGGUCUGACAUCUGAUGCCAAUAACAUCCCUCAGCCAGCGCCCAGCCAUGACCCCGAACCCGAGGAAACUCCGGAGAAAAAGGAAGUUGAGGAGGUCAGAGAGAACAGGAGGAGCUCUAUGGUGUUACUGGCUACCCCUAUGAAGAUCAGCCAGACCUCUCCUGACAUCCCGGCAGAGGUACAGGCUGCCCUCAGAGAACAUCUGCUGAAACACACCCGGGUGCAGAGGCAGACGACAGAGCCCACCUCUUCCUCCAGGCAUAACUCCUUUAGGAGGCACCUCCCAAGGCAGAUGCAUGUCACCAGUGUUGACUUCAGCUCAGACAGCCUGCCCCGGGGAGAGACCACCACCAGCAUCGGCCGCAUCAAACCCGAGCUCUACAAACAGAAGUCUGUUGAUUCACAGGAUGGUGAGAAGGAGGAGCUGAAGACCGGUGGCAAGUUAAACUUUACCCUGAGAUAUGACUACGAGAACGAGAACCUGAUUGUGACGAUUCUUAAAUGCUUGGACUUGCCAGCAAAAGACGAUUCCGAAUCCUCAGACCCAUACGUUAAAAUUUAUCUCCUACCUGAUCGGAAAAAGAAGUUCCAGACUCGGGUCCACAGGAAGACGCUGAACCCCAGCUUCAACGAGAGCUUCCAGUUCCCUGUGUCCUUCGACCAUCUGAACAACCGAAAGCUACAUUUCAGUGUGUUUGACUUUGACCGGUUCUCCAGACACGACCUGGUUGGUGAGGUGGUCACUGACAAUCUGUUCGAGCUCCUCGAGCUUCCCAAGGAGGACACCAUCUGGAGGGACAUCGUCUGCGUCACAUCAGAGAGCGUGGAUUUGGGAGAGAUUAUGUUCUCUCUGUGUUACCUUCCCACAGCUGGGCGGAUGACUCUGACCGUCAUCAAAUGCAGGAACCUGAAAGCCAUGGACGUCACUGGAUUCUCUGACCCAUAUGUAAAGGUUUCUCUCAUUUGUGAUGGAAAGAGAUUGAAAAAGCGAAAGACUACCACAAAGAAGAAUACCCUCAACCCCGUUUACAAUGAGGCCAUCAUCUUCGACAUUCCCCCAGAGAGCAUGGAGCAGGUCAGCCUGGCCAUCACCAUCAUGGACUACGAUCGAGUUGGUCACAAUGAGGUCAUUGGCGUGUGUCGUGUGGGGCAGGAUGCAGAGGGACUGGGACGCGAACACUGGAAUGAGAUGUUGGCCUACCCCCGUAAACCCAUCGCCCACUGGCACCCACUGGCAGAGGAGCCAGGACGAGCGACGAGUUUUGACAGCCAAGGAUCCUGUCCUUCUCCCAAGCUUCCUCCUUCACCAUAG